UUUUUUUUCCCUUUUGCAGGCUAACGAAAUUUUUUUUUUAAAAGUUAAAAUAAAAUUCAAACCGGAGUCGGGUUAAAUUUAGGCGCUUCAAGUUCUCCCACCAAUCAAAGCAUCUGAAGCCCCCCAGCAAUUGUUUAGCAGCAGCUAAAAGUUACAGGUAUCUGAUUUUGGGGAUGAAGCCAUAUAAUAUGAAACCGUAUUCGGCUUGGAAUUCGCCACGAAACCAACCUGUUAAGUUUAAAAUACCAACUGCGGAAAAUCUGGUUCCCAUUCGUCUCGACAUUAGCAUAGAUGGUCAGAGAUACAGAGAUACAUUCACUUGGAACAAUUCUGAUCCAGACUCAGAGAUAAGUCUGUUUGCAAAACGAACAGUGAAAGACCUAAAACUUCCUCCAGCUUUUCUAACACAGAUUGCUCAAUCCAUUCAGUCACAACUUAAUGAAUUUCGAUCAUAUGAAGGGCAAGACAUGUAUACGGGUGAGAAAAUUGUCCCUAUCAAGCUUGAUCUUCGAGUUAAUCAUACUCUGAUAAAGGACCACUUUUUAUGGGACUUGAACAACGUUGAGAGUGACCCAGAAGAAUUUGCAAGAAUUUUUUGUAAAGAUAUGGGUAUUGAAGACCCUGAAGUUGGGCCUGCAGUUGCAUUUGCCAUUAGGGAGCAACUUUGUGAGAUCGCAAUCCAGAGUGUAGCUUCAGCAAAGGAAAUAAGAAUAAACAAGAAAGGACGAAGGGGGGUUGAGCAGCUACCUCUUAGUAAGUCAAGUGGAAAUACGUUGGACCCGCUGAAGUUAUUUGGUAUGAAAUCGAGUGUUGUCAGGAAAAGAAGAGAGUGGGACUUAUAUGAACCCAUUGUCGAUCUCUUGUCCAACGAGGAAGUUGAUGCCUUAGAAGCUAGAGAAGCAUAAACAUUUUUAAAGAACAAUAGGGAGGACUUCAGGUGGCAGGGUUUCAAAAAGAUUGUCUAUCCAGUGUCUGGAGUUCCAAGUUAAACUGGGACAAUGGAUGCUUAGAAGUUAGGGGUGUUGUUACCAAGGACGGAACUUUUAAGGGGCCAAAGGGGGUUCGAGCCCCUCCAAAAGUUUUUGUUUUUAACACUAAUUUUCUUAUACAUUCUUCAAAAAUAAUUUUUCAUGAUA